UAUAAUAGAGUGCGUGCAGGCAGUGUCGUUGACAUUUAUCUCUCUCUCGAUCCUUUUAUUGUUUUUGGCGAUAAAUGGACCAAUCGUCAAAAUGAUGAACAGCAGCAGCAGCACGCAAUCCAAGAGGCCGCGCGAGGACGACGUGCUCGAGUGCUUCCUGUAUCCGCGCUUCAGCUACACUCUGAGCGCCGACCAGGUCACGGAGGACGCGCUGCGCCAGGAGAUCGAGGCCUACGUCAAAGACUGCGAGCCCUACGUCAGGGACUAUCUCUGGCACAGGGAUGGGCUGGAAUUUCGGCCGAGGACCAAGCAGGCCCUGCAAUUCGAGAGCGUCGUCGAGGGCACGUCACGAGCGACUGAAUUCGAUCUGCUUCCACACAUACACGUGCUGUUGAGAUUCGACGAGGAUAUAGGCGACGAGUGGUUCGUCGUAUUUUUAAUCCAGAAACUCACCAGGAAGUACGAGGGCCUCAUCGCUCGUAUGGUCGACUCCGAUGGUGAAUUUCUCAUGAUCGAGGCGGCCGACGAGCUUCCAGUUUGGGCUACACCAGAAACUUGCCAAAACAGAGUCUUUAUGAUGAACGGUGCUUUACACGCCGUUCAAGAUAAACAAAAGAUCUGCAUUAAUAUACUGAAUAGCGUUUAUCAGCGCUCUCACAUAUUCAAACUGUCAGACAAGGUCCAAGCUGUUAUUCAGAAAAGAAUUAGUAUUUAUCCGGAUGAAAUUCAGAGGAGAAAGCACAAAGCCAGGGCAUACUUGCCCGUCAAAGCUGCAUACAUAUUAAGAAAAAGACCAGAAUUGAUAUCCUCGGUAGUUAGGAGUGUUUGCCAUUCGGAUCCCAUAGAAAGAAAAGUCUGUCGUGCCAUGCGUUAUUUUCCUCCAGAACAAAGAGUUAUGGCCAAUGUACAAAUGACCAAAUGUUUGUAUGCUAUGGCGACUCACUGCAAGUAUACUGGCGAUCCACGAACUGGUUGGAAUUUACCACCUGUGACAAGUCCAAAGUAUGCAUCAACCUCACUGGGUAUUAAAAUUGCAUGUGGUCUAGAAAUGUUAUUAUCACUGGCUCAAGCGCGCCGCAAAAAGCCAACCUUUGCUGGUGAGAUCAAUGAAGAAGCGUGGAUAGCAUUUUUGAAACGCCUAGAAGCAACUGGUUACUUUAGAGAAUUGCUAGAAGGUAGCAAAGAACGUGAGAUGCUGCUGGAACAAGCAAAAAAAUAUUAUACAGAAAAUUUAGGUGUGAAUGAUAUUGCAAAAAAAGUUGAAAACACUGAGGGCGAAUCUUUGCUUGAGCUUUACAAUGAAAUUUUAAGCAACGAUGUAGAGAUUGAAGUCGAAGAUACUUGUAAUUUGAGUCCUGAAGACAGUGACAGUUGGUUGAAUAUUGAUCCUGCUCAAUUAGAGGCUUUGUUGGGCCAACAAUUCGGUAUUCCUUCAAAAGCGAAUGACCAACCAAUGGCCCUUCAAGAUAAAGUACAGGCUUUCAUUAAUCAAAAAAGUGAUAUCGAUGGUGUCCAAUUUUAUGGCGAGAAUGAAAAUGAGUCUUCAAAUACGUUAAAAGAUCUCGAUGACAGCGGGCGAAUUGACUUUGAUCCGGAUGCCUUUGACACAGCCUUACGAGGUAUUUUGGACCUUGUUGUACCUGGUGGUGAUGGUGAAUUCGAUGGAAGCUCGGAAGGUUCGUUGGGCGAUGACGAUGAAGAUCCACACGGAGAACUCGAUAAAUACAUGAAAUUGCUCGAUUCGCAACUUGUGGCUGCUGGAAAUCGUCCAGCAGUACCCGAAAAAGUCGAAGGAAAUUUACUGGAAAGUAUAAAAGAAGAAGCCGGUGGAUCUGGGCCACUUGGUAAUAUUCUGGGAGGUCCUAUAGAAAGGUUGAAACAUAUAAAUUUGACUGAGGAAGCAAAAGAAUAAAAUCAAAGGAUUUGAGUAUGAUAUUUCAAAGUAGCUAUCUAAUGGUGCUUGUGGAAUUGUAUACCAGUGAUUUGAAUGUAAUUCAAUCAUCAAGAUAUAAAUCUUUCAGAUCAACUUUGGAAAAAAGCUCACUAAUUUAAGUUUUUGAUAAUUUGUAUUUUCAGUAGGUGCAUUUAUUGUAUCGUAGAUAAGUUUAUUUUGAUACUAGACUUUUUUUAAAUUAGUAGGAUAGGAUUAGGAUAAAAAUAAUAAAAUCUUCGAGUAGUUUUUCCAAAAUAACUCUGCCACUAGAAGUACUUCUCCAAGAACAUUUAUUGUGAUAGAUCUUACACUGUAAUGAGAAGGAGAGGUAAAUAUGAAAAACGUUCUAAAAUUAACGUCAUGUAAACAUUUAUUUUUGACAACUUCGCUAAAAAAAACUGCCUUUCAAAAUAAAAAAAAACUCGCUUUCACAACUCAUUGCCUUGAAAGACUUGCAUUUUUCUCGAUCUUUUUACUUUUCAUACUAUUGAUUCUUGAGAAUUGAUCGAGAAAAUAAUAUAAUUGACAUUGACCAUGCAUUAUUUAUCAAGACAGAAAAAAAAUAUAUUAUUCAAUCCAGACUUGUAUAUAAACUCUUCAACAACAAUUUAAUGAUUCAUUUUGUUUUUAUUUUUUUAUAUGAAAUACAUAAAAGUUAAACUCAACGAAAUAAAUUUGACGAAAAAAUGUCGCAUUGCGUGUAACAUUGGAAACAUAUCAAUAAUUAAUUCAGAUAAGAUUUUAUACGACUAUUCACUGUUAUAGUUGCCAUAAUAAUUGUAAGCACUUCGGAAUUUAUAGAGAAAACAUAUUGUAUGAGAGUAAAAUGUAGUUGUUGUUAAAGCUCAAAAAUUUUUCAAAUGUUAACCAAUAUCACUUUCAACUAAAUAGCGCAACACGUAAAAUGUAAACAUAUUUCAAGCUGCUAAGACCAUUUAUUUUAAUGAUACUAAUUAUCGUUCGGUAAGUUACAAUACUUAUUAAAUCAAUAAUUACAUCAAGUUUUAUUAGAACAAAAGUGUAAAGCUUGAACUCGCAUUUUAGAUACUUCUCACUUCUUGGCUAAUCUGUGAUAGACUAAUUUUAACUAUGCUUGGCCAACUACGAAUAAUAUAUGAAAAAAGACUCACACUUUUACUAUGUGAAAAAACUAUAAAUAUGUAAAAUUAUCCAACAAUUUCCCAGUGUAACUAUUUUAUAUGAGAAAAAUUGUAAUCUAGUUGAAAGUUAAUUAUUAUAUCAAUAUAAAACUAUGUGCUUUAGCCUGACUCUGUAAAUAUCUUUAACAAUAAUAAUUACAAUAACUACAGUAA